GUUUUCACGAUUUCACAGUGUAAUGAAAAAGCGCUGUUUUCGAGACUUCGGAUGUUUGUGGUCGUCUGAUAAUGUAACUACUGGCAUCCGAAAGAAGUUGGUAAUUGUUGGUGAUGGAGCCUGUGGAAAAACAUGUUUACUCAUUGUUUUCAGCAAAGAUCAAUUCCCAGAAGUUUACGUCCCAACAGUAUUUGAAAACUAUGUGGCUGAUAUUGAGGUUGAUAAUAAGCAAAUAGAACUAGCUUUGUGGGAUACCGCUGGUCAAGAAGAUUAUAAUCGCCUCCGCCCAUUAUCCUAUCCAGACACCGAUGUAAUUUUGAUGUGCUAUUCUAUUGACAGUCCUGACAGUUUAUCUAAUAUCAAAGAGAAAUGGAUACCGGAAGUUAAACAUUUUUGCCCAAACACACCAAUUAUAUUGGUUGGAAACAAGAGUGAUCUCAGAUAUGAUGAUAAAGUUAUCAAUGAACUUGCCCGUUUGGGUCAACAUCCAGUUACAUCUAGCGAAGCAAAGGCAGUGUCUGCUUAUAUUGGUAGGUUCAAUAUUAUUUAGAAAUCGUUUCAACGUUUAUCCAAAGUUUUAUUUAAUUGAUCAGUAGUCAAUACAAGCCUAACUAUUAGAAACUCCUUAAUUCAUGAUCCACACAGUAUAACUAAAGAUGCAGAUUGACUCAUUUUAGUUACAAAAGCGCAUCUUUAUUUUAUAAAUGGUCCUGUAUCUAAAGCGGAUUAAUUUAUCACUUGGGUGUGUUGAUAGAAAUUUACUACUUCUAUUAUAAGCAUAGAUCUAAUAGAGUUGUAUGUUUUAAAUUGCCGUGAAGUUUAUCACCCGUAGAGUAUACCUUGUUGACAAUCACCAGGAGUCCUUAAUAACUAAAAACAAACUAACUUAAUGAGCUUCUCUCAACAGAGAUUUAUAUAGUUAAAUCUUAUGUAGUCAUUUUAAUCGGGUUUAAGUCGACGAUCAGUCUGCUAAAGUUUCAUUGUGCAAGAACAUGCUUUUAUCAUGUUAAUGAAUAUUAAAACCACAAAAAGCAUUAUAAACUGAUUAAUUUGUCAAUACUUAGUGUACCUCCAGACAAUUCGGACAAUAUGUUAAACUGAGCUGUAUUAAAAUAUACAGUUAUUUUGGCUCUGUACUCAUGAGAUGAUUUAUUUAAUCAACCCAUUUUUUCAGGUACUGAUUUACAUACUUAGUUUUGAAUCACUUUCUACAUGUUAGCGUUAAUGAGAUACUACCUGAUUGCCCAAACCGUAGUUGGUCGAGUGGCUGAUUUGAACUUGCGAUUAUAUAUAUAUUACUACGUUUGUUCUUAUUUCAUACUUUUCACUUUUCGAAAUUACUUUUUUCUUUCUUUUUUUAGUUAUCUCAUCUGUUUUUUAUUUUCCUAUCAUAAAUUCGACUUUUGUUCUUUCCCUCUUAGUAAUUUCUCCAUAUUUUUACUGAUAUGUUAAGUGUGUUAACUGAAGAGUUCCUGUCUGUGGUGGGUGGAGGGAGAUUAAGUCAAUGAUCACAAAAAUAAUCAGUGAUAAUUUUUGUGUUAAUCAGUGUUUAUGAAAAUAAGGUAUACUAGGUAUCUUAUAUGCCUAAUCAUCAUUAUUUUUAAAGAUUGUAAUUGAUGCGUCUCAGCAAAUAGAUUCACUAACGUGAUACUUCCGAAUAUGAAGGCUAUUUACGCCAAAGUUCUAUUAGUUAAUAAAGCGUUACCAUCUAAUAGAUGGUUUGUGAUAUUCAACACUUCCUUAUCACUAUCUGAACUGCUUCACUCUACGUCUGUUUUAUAUACUGAAGCUAGAGCUAAAGUUUUCUUCUACCUCUUACUUUCCGCUUACGAUGUUUACAGAUUCCUUAGGAGAAAACCACACAAUUAACUUAAAACCAUGGAAUUAUCUGCAACGAUAAUAGGAAACCACAAGAAUAGGUGGCUUUUUGCAUAUGUUCACAGAAAUGCCUAUUGUUAAUAUCUACUUCACUCUAUAGGUUCAUCAGUGACUCAGUCAUAGAUAGCGUUUGGUCUCGCACAAAUGUCCAUCAAUCUAAUUUACCACAUAUCACAUCAUUAUAUCAAAAGAAGACAAUAAUAUAAUUAGAAGCAGAUAAGUGAUAACAUUAAAUAUUCUUCGUACUCAAAAGCUGGAAGAUGGUUGCGCAAUUUUAUGAAUUUGUUAAACAUGUAUACUAUUAGAUGGUGGCUCAAUAGUUUAAAGGUUGAGCAAUUGACUGUGAAACCGAAUGUUCUGGGUUCGAUCCUUUGUGGCUUUAUUUUGAGUAAACAAUGUUGAUAAGUUCCAUACUGGGAUGAAAAAGGUGUUCAGUGCUUCCUGAUUCUCAAGGGUUAUUUAACAAAGAUCAGCUUGUGACGUCAAUCAUAAAAUUAAAAAUCCCUGUAAAUCUUUUUUAGUAUUAUUUGAGUAAAUUAGAACAAUGAGCAAUACUACCAGUCUUUUUGUAUUUUCUAUAAUUUCUGGGUUGUUUUUGCCUCACUUAAUUUGUUUUAUGUAUUCAUUUUGACAAAUUAGGCGCUUACGGAGAAAUUGAAUGUUCGGCGAAAACUAAAGAAAAUGUACGUCAAGUAUUUGAAUUAGCCUCUAGAGCAUGUUUAAAAAUACAGAAAAAACAUAGAAGUUAUAAAUUAUUUUGAACUUUACUCUUCUUCAUUUGUUUUCUAUUUUCGAUAGAUAAUUUAAUAAUAUUAUUUAUCUAAUAUUAACUUAUUUAUUUCUUGCUAGUAAGUAUUAUUAACCUUUAUUUCUUUCACUUUGAAACGAUGGAUAAAUGACUGAACACAAGAAAAAGCUGUUGACUUCCUUUUCACAUUCCUACUUUUCAUCUCCAGUUGAUCUUAUUCCGCUGAUACUGCUGCAACUAGUACCGUUCAUUCUAGGGUGUUACUUCUUUUUGUAGUGUUGUUUUUUAUGCGGUAUUAUUAUUAUUAUGUGUACUUUAUUUAUUCUACUUAAAGAAAAUUGAUCUUUUUUUAAUCAACAACUAAUGUCAAUAUGGGUAUGUAUCUCUCUGUGUGUGAGUUCGCAUUACCCAUUUAAUGAUAAUCAUUUGUAUAUCUCAUUCCAAAGCUUAUUGUUCUUUAGAAUGAACAAUUAUUUGUACAAUGAAUUAUUUUUGAUUGUUCAUUGAAUAUGUAUCCAUUGUGCGCACGUGUGUGUUUAAGUGUUUAUUUUAAAUUCCUAAAUAAAAAAGUGUCUUAUAUCGGAUUUCUU